GCCCCUCGCCGUCCCACUUGGAGGCGCGAGGGGCGGGGUUAGGAUCUGCGCUUGCGCCAUACGAGCUCCCGGACUGUUACCAUGGGACGGUUCUUAGCGCGCGCAGCGCGACCUCUGGAUUUCUCAGCCACCCUUGGAGUGGACUCGCAGCGCUGGAGGCGGCCUUCUCCGCUGGCAGGUGUUUGCGAGUUCAGGCCUCCUGCCGGGAGUUGCUUCACCCCACGGUCACGUCAGUGGUACCAUGGCCGCCGUCUCUUCCUGCCGCGCCAGGCUCCACCCGCCCUCAACAUCAAUUUAAGCGCUCCUCCGUGUGCAGGCUGCUGCGUGCGGUGCGGUUGGGUAGAAGCAACCCUCUCGGGCGGUUUAGACGGUGAACUGCAGAAGAACAUGCACUUCCUGCAUUUCUCUAACGAAAAUUAUUACACAACCAACACAUUUUCCUUGGAUUUCCUCUUAUUUACCCUGAAAUAUAUGUGAAAAAUGACGUGCACUGCCAAGAAAUGUGGGAUUCGAUUCCAGCCUCCAGCUAUCAUCUUAAUUUAUGAGAAUGAAAUCAAGGGGAAGAGCCGUGAGCGCAUCAUGCCAGUCCGAAACUUCUCAAAGUUUUCAGAUUGCACUAGAGCUGCUGAACAAUUAAAAAAUAAUCCACGACACAAGAGUUAUCUGGAACAAGUGUCCCUGAAGCAGUUAGAAAAGUUGUUCUGUUUUUUACGAGGUUACUUGCGGGGCCAGAGUCUGGCGGAAACGAUGGAACAAAUUCAACGGGAAACAACUAUUGAUCCUGAGGAAGACAUGAACAAACUAGAUGACAAGGAGCUUGCCAAAAGGAAGAGCAUUAUGGAUGAACUUUUUGAGAAAAAUCAGAAAAAGGAUGAUCCAAAUUUUGUUUAUGACAUUGAGGUUGAGUUCCCCCAGGAUGAACAACUGCAGUCCUGUGGCUGGGACACAGAGUCAGCUGAUGAGUUCUGAUACCAAACCAAUUUAUUGGGCUGGCAGAAUACCUAUGUUUUUACACAGAAUGUAGUUUUUUUAAAAAAAAAAAUCUGUAAAGAACACUAAAUGAAUAUGUUGCAUCAUAAAACCAGGUCAUUUACAUCUUUGGUGUUGGUACAUGAGGAAUAUAGGAAGAACAGCAUAGGAAUCUAUCUUUAAUGAGCUCACUAUCUAAAUGGAAAAUAACUCAAAAACUUGUGGAAAGCUAAUUAACAGUAUUAAGCAACAAAAAGAUUAGAGCCGGAUGCUUUAUAAGGUCUAAAGAAGGUCAGAGCCUAAAUUACUAGAGGGUGAACUAGUCCAAGAAAAUUUUUUCCUUAGUGGACAGGACUUUGGCUUCUCAAAUGGUAGUAUUUGGCUAGAAGCUUUCCAGAUGACAGGAACUGGAAAAAAGGGAGAAGGAGGUGGUAAAGAGACAAGAAGUAGAAUUUCUUGUUUGAGGAACAGUGAGCAAAUUACAGUUUGAUAAGAUUGGAGAGCACAUAUGGCUAUCAGGGAAAUAUCCUGUGUGCAUUAUGUCUUUUUUUUUUAUUCUUUUGCAUUGUGUCUUUAUAUGUCAUUAACUCUGGAGUAGAAAAAUAACCCCUGCCAAGUGCCAGCAGCUGCAAGUGGAUGUCAUGUGAUAGACAGCAGGGGAAUUCUGCCCCUGUGGGAUCGGAAAUAACAUACUAAAGACAUUCUGAAGCCAUAAUGAGAAGUUUGUUAGUAAAAUGGGAAAUCCACCCAUAAUAAAUGAACAAUAGGUACUGCCAGUUGAGGCCUGCUCAUGAGUUUGGGUGUACAAAGAGAGGAUCUUUCUUUGUUUAACAAGGUUCUCUAUAUACAGAUGUAUUUGUUCUUAUUAGGAUUUUAUUUAGUUAGUAGAAACCCUGUGUUUUCUACAAGGAAAUUACUCAUUAAAUAAAACUAUGAAAAUGAUUAUUCACUCUUUCUACCUGUUUAUCCCUUCUCUCUCUCUCUCUCUCUCUCUCUCUCUCUCUCUCUCUCUCUC